AUGCAAUCUCUUGUUCUAAUAUUCCUCAGUCUUGCUGGGUCGUCACAAGCCCUUUUGGGAAUUGGUUCUACACAAUCUGUAGCAGUUACUGGACGUUUAAUCUGUAAUGGGCGACCGGCUUCUGAUGUCAAAGUGAAACUAUACGAAAAGGAAUUGACUUUUGAUGUAAAAAUGGACGAAGGAAGAACUAAUGGAAAUGGAGAAUUUCGUCUAGCCGGCUCGAAAACAGAAAUAACAACCAUUGAUCCAAAAGUAAACAUCUACCACAAGUGCAAUUACAACGGGAUCUGCUACAAGAAAAUUGGCAUUACCAUCCCAGACAACUACGUUACCAACGGACCCACACCUCAAAAAACCUUCGAUAUCGGCACGAUUAAUCUCGCUAAUAAGUUCACCGGUGAAACUAUCGAUUGUAUAAAUUGA